AGCCAUUUGCGCACGAUCAAGUGUGUUGUGUGUGUAACCCUGAUGGCCACGUACUCGCGCCAACUGCUCUCACGGCACAAGACGACGGCUACGUAUGGUGGCCAGGAAGAAGGGAGAGAGAGCAUGCUUAAGGUGAGGCAGGGAGUUGGAACGGGCGCCUUACGCCAUCGACGCGUUUACGCAUUCACGCAGGUCUUCCCGCCGCGCCCGAACAAGAUGUGGGAGACGUUCCACAUCGUCGCGUACGAGUCCUACGAGAAGCCCGGCCAGUACGGCGACGCGCAGCAAACAAUCCAGCGCUUCACGGACCUGGAAGGUGCCCACGCCGCGACCGUCGCGAAGCUCAACAAGGGCGACAAGGUUCGCUUAGAAUGGGACCACAACUACGUGACGCGGUCCGAAAACGGCGGCGGCGAGAGCAAGUACCCCGAGCGCGUCAUCACGGCGCUCGAGCCCGUCGCGUAACGAAACGAACAUAG